GUGUUUAGAAUAAUACGAGGAAUAAUAAACAUCGAGAUUGGAAAAAAAUCAGAAAAAAUUAAAAAGUCAAAUAAAGCUUUACAUUUUGCUUCCCAACCAAGUAUUUUGACACCUAUAUGAUUCCAUAGUUUUAAAAGAUAUAUUUUCAACAUAAAAACAAAUAACGAGAUGUCGGAAUCAUACGUUAAAGAAGACUCGAGUCAUACGAUUGGCGUUGAGUUUGGCAGCCGAAUUGUUAAUGUAGGUGGAAAAGCGAUAAAACUACAGAUUUGGGAUACUGCUGGGCAAGAAAGGGUUCGUUCUGUAACAAGAUCUUAUUACAGAGGUGCAGCUGGUGCUCUUCUUGUGUACGACACAACAUCCCGAGAAUCUUUCAACACACUUUCAAACUGGUUGAACGACACAAGAACUUUAGCAAGUCCCCACAUCAUCAUCAUCCUUGUUGGCAAUAAGAAAGAUCUCGAGGAAGCUCGUGAAGUCACAUUUUUGGAAGCCAGCAACUUUGCUCAAGAGAAUGAUUUAAUUUUCCUAGAAACAAGCGCCAAGACUGGAGAAAAUGUUGAAGAAUCUUUCUUGAAAUGUGCAAAAACAAUUCUCGCAAAAAUUGAAACUGGAGAAAUUGACCCGGAAACGAUCGGCAGUGGAAUUCAAUUCAGUGAUCAAGCGAUAAGAAACAACAUUCAAAAUCGACAAAAGCAAAAUUCCAGCUGUGCAGGUUGUCGCCCCUAAAAGGAAAUCUGUCCAUUCCCCAAUCCUUUAUGUUUUUGAGAAAGUUUAACUUCGUCUUUUCAACAUUUUUAUUUUACGUCGUCUUUCCUUCUAAGUUAAUUGUGAUCCGUGAUUAAAUCUUUAAUUUUAUGGGUUGUACUACUAGUAAUUUAUUCCACUGACGUUGGAACUGUUGAUAAAUUACACUUUCUCACCCUUGUUCGAUAUUACUUUGAUUUUGUAUUUUUAUCACUCAAAACUUUAAACGUAUGAUGAAUGAAUGAGUCAAUUUUAAUUUGUAGCGGACAACACUGUUUUGUGUAUUUACAAUUAAAUUCUAAAGAAUGAAUAAACUGAUUGUUUUGAUCUAGAGAUAAA